UUCGCACUCAGGCUACGGCGCUGCGCAAAUGCAAAAGUAGUGAGAAACAUCGCUGAGGUGAGGGAGGAUAACAUCGGCUCGUCUUAACAUCUUUUUACCAUCACCCAUGGCUGACCCGGAGAAACAGCCUGAACAGCAAAAGGCUGCAGCAACCAACAAGCAGGUCAUCGCAACCAAGGUCUCCGGCACUGUGAAAUGGUUCAACGUCAAGAGCGGAUACGGAUUCAUCAACCGCAAUGACACCAAAGAGGACGUUUUUGUCCACCAAUCCGCCAUCGCUAAGAACAACCCUAAGAAGGCGGUGCGCAGCGUCGGCGACGGCGAGGUUGUCGAGUUUGACGUGGUCAUCGGAGAGAAGGGCAACGAGGCGGCCAAUGUGACCGGCCCGGAGGGAGAGCCCGUGAAGGGGUCGCCUUACGCAGCUGACAAGCGUCGCGGCUACCGCCAGUGGGUGGUGCCGCGCAAGGGCUACCAGCAGCGUGGCGACGAGGAUGACGCCGGCGACUAUGAGAGCGCUGGCGAGGGCAAGGAUGACGCCAGCGGCGACCAGAAGAACCAGCGCCGGCAGCCCAGGCGCCGCUUCGAUCCCAACUUCUACAACCGCCGCGGUCGCGGACCCCGCGGUGAUGGUCAGCCAGGAGAUGGGGGUGACUUCCAGGGUGAGGACAAGGAGGGAGAUAAGGGUGGCGCACCCCGGGGCGGUGGCCGUGGCCGCGGCGCCCCGCGUGGCCGUUUCUUCCGCCGCAACAUCCGCGGUGGUGGCGGAGCCACGCGCCCGCAACGCCCCCGCACGCAGAGCGGUGAGGGCGGUGUGAGCGAGGGCGAGUCCAAGGAGUCGGCCACCAAUGGCACUGGUGGCCCGCCGAGGGGCAGCGGAGGCCGCGGCCGCUUCCGCCGCAACCGCCAGGGCAAGGGCUCAGCUCGCAACAGCCAGAGCGAAGGCGGAGAGAAGACCAAGGAGCCAUCUGGGCAAUCAGUACAGAACACGACCACCACAGAGAGCAGUGCUUAAUGAAGAAGAUGCAAGCCAAUCUGCAAGGGUCAUACCUCUAAUUAAUUAAUGAAAACAAGUAGUUGAGCCGUUUUCCUUCUCUUUAAUAACAUCGGUUUGUGUUUAGUGCAUGAAGACACAAAGUAUUUUAAAUGGUAACCUUAGAUGAUGGCGAGUAAUUUAAUACCUCGGUUUCUCGAUUGAUUGCAAUCUCGUUUGUUUCCACCCAACGCAUCAUUGUAAUCAAUUCACGUAAAAGCGCAAUUAUUUUUGUCGUCAAAUAUGUCCGGCCGGCUUUUGCAUCAUCUCUGUACAGUGUUAGCAGCGUGCAAUAAUGCUGAGUUGUGAGGCGAACACACACACAUACGCGGACUCUUGUACCUUGCUUGCUAUCUGGUAUUCCUAUAUUAAGCAAAGUUAAUAUCUGAAUGUGAUUAAACAAAACUUAUUUAAAUUGAUCGGAAAUGUGAAAAGCCGCAGCCGUCAUGUAUAACAACUUCAGUGAAAAGAAUCUCCUUUUUUUAUGUUCAAAUAAAGCCCCCAGUCAACUUGAGAACGGAUAAUGAGUAAUUUUAAAGUUAUUAGAAGAUCAAAAAAGUAAAAAAAUCAGCAAACACAGAAGAAGCUUCAAAUGCUCGCUCGUUUUUUGUACUAAGAUGUGUUUCUCCCAAAAGCAAAAACAUGCAAUGAAAGCAAAAAGAAAUACGGAAAUUGUUUUGGCGUGACCUGAUGCACAUGUUUGACACCGAGACAUUAGUGUAAAAGCAGCAGCAGCAGCCGUCCUUGCAAUUAAUUCACCGCAGCAGGCGGGAAAAAAAAGGAACGGCGCGAUUUGAGUAAUUUGGUUUCUCUCGACUACAAUGGCUACACCCACCUCUAGCUGCUCUCCGCCUUGUGUUCGGUUGGAGGCCUAUGAAUGAAGUAAAAACAUUUGCAUUUCCCACUCUCAACACACACAACACACACACACACACUUACUAAGAAAGAAUGAAAGAAAACUACAGCCGCAAACAAGUAAAGUAACAACCAAGAAUGAGUCGCUCUGACCAACUUAGACACACAUUUACACUCACACACUAGGCCCCUCUUUGAUUGUGGCGAAAACGCAAGGGGGCGCCGCUCCAACAACAAAAAUGUAAAACACACUACUUGUCCCCCGAGAGGACAGACAAAUGUUACAUCAGACUUUUUGGCAAUUUUUUAACGAGAAUUACAUUUUUCACGUUAUUAUAAAAUGAAACAUGUGCAUAUGAAGCCAAAAUAAAAAAUGAUGCAUUUUUUAAAAAGAA